CUCUCCACCUCACCCGAGAGAGAGAGAGAGAAAGGGAAAGGGAGAGAGAAGCGCAGCUUUGCAGAGACGCAAACAGAUUGGAGCCGCAGAGACAGAUUGUCUGUUGACACGGAUUACUGAAACCCUGCAUGAUGCGUGAAUACAAGUUGGUAGUUCUUGGCUCAGGUGGUGUUGGAAAGUCUGCUCUGACCGUACAGUUUGUUCAAGGAAUAUUUGUUGAAAAAUAUGACCCUACAAUAGAGGACUCGUACAGGAAGCAAGUUGAAGUAGAUGGACAGCAGUGUAUGCUUGAAAUCCUCGACACAGCUGGAACGGAACAAUUCACAGCGAUGAGAGACCUAUACAUGAAAAACGGUCAGGGCUUUGCGCUAGUAUAUUCCAUAACAGCGCAGUCCACAUUUAAUGACCUACAGGAUUUGAGAGAACAGAUUCUCAGAGUAAAAGACACUGAUGACGUGCCAAUGAUCUUGGUUGGCAACAAGUGUGAUCUGGAAGAUGAGCGGGUGGUCGGGAAGGAGCAGGGCCAGAACCUGGCAAGACAGUGGAACAGCUGUGCCUUCCUAGAGUCCUCGGCAAAGUCAAAGAUUAAUGUGAAUGAGAUCUUCUAUGACCUGGUUCGGCAGAUCAACAGGAAAACUCCAGUACCAGGGAAAGCACGCAAAAAGUCAACAUGUCAGCUGCUUUAAUAUACAGAUGUGCUGUAGCUCUGAGCCAGGUCUGAUAAACUGUUGUCUGUUCAACAGUGCCAGCAUUCCAACCUUACUAAACCCAACAUCAAAUGGACUUUCCUGUGGUGAUGCCCUUUAACAAAUGGAUAAAAGCUACUACGUCAGUUUUUGCACAUAGAUAACUGUAAUCACUCUCCAGUAUCGCAAGAGAUUUUUACUUGUAUAUAAAUAUAUUCUAACUGUAUGCAACUGAAAAAAGAUAGAGCCUACACCCAGUGUUAUUACUGAUGGAGACACUCCCUUUUACCAAUGUUGUAAAUGUAAGAAACUGAUUUAUAACAUGCUGAACACUGUGCCCAGUUUUCUGCCAGAGGUAUUAUGAUGUAAUAUUGAGAAGCACCACUAUUUUAGCAAAAUAAAAGUGAAAGUCCAAAGAGCUCCUAUUCAGACAAUUUCAUACAUACAGAUAACUUUGUUCCUUUUUGUAUUUGUAGCGCUCUCUCUUUCUCUCUCUCUCUCUCUCUCUCUCUCUCUCUCUCUCAUAUU